CAACGCAGACGGAGAGACACGUUCUCGGCUUAGGGUGAAAAAAGGGAGGGGAGGGAGGAAGGAGGAGGAACGUACCACUGUGAGAGAAAGGACAGGGGUGAAUUCUGACACGUGACCGAUCGCUGUGCUAGCGAAUGGCAGCGCUCUGCCUGCGUGACCCCCCUCCCCCACACCCCCCUCACAGUGAGUGCCGAUGGUGUGUUCCCGGGUGUGGGCAGCACUUCCGGUGUGUCCGCCCGCCCGCCUGCCUCAGUGAGUGUGACCGGUGCGUGUCGCACGGAGCUCGGGUUGUCACACAGGCGCAUUAACACCGCUCGUCUGCCCAGCAUGGCCGAACCCGAGGAGAGGAGCCUGGACGACUUCUUCGCCAAGAGGGACAAGAAGAAGAAGAAGGAGAAGGGGUCGGCGGCCGCGGCUGCAGCCAGUGCGGCGGGGAGCAGGGGGGCCGCCAGGCCGCCGGAGGGGCUCCAGACUCUGGUCUCCUCCUCGGCCUCCGCUCCCGGCCAGAGCAAGUUUACCAAGAAGGAGCGGUCCGGGCGGAGUGACGGCCAGGACCCCCAGCAGGAGAAGAAGGUGAGCGCUCCCCGGCCUGCUGCCAGGAGGGGGCGAAAGGCAUCACGGGAGCUGUAGUUCUCUCGCAGCUGGCGGUGUGCUCGGCGGCCUCUCUCGCAGUUCAGGCUCUCCGGUUGUCCCGGGCUCCGUUUCCCAGAAGGCCCUGCCAUCCGAGCUGCCCUCCGGACACGUGCAGAGCAGCCUAGGCCGGAGCAUGACCACCCUCCGGCUGUUGUACAACUACAACUCCCAUGAUGCCAUGCCAGCCUGCUAUCACGUGACUAACACUCUAAUUAUAACGUGGCAAUCUGCAGGCUGGCAGAGAGUCAGGGGAGCUGUGCUUUAAUAUUGGUGGGGGGGGGGUGGGGUCUGGCCUGUGGCGUGCUGGACCUGGUCUGGGUUUUUUUUUUUUUUUUUUAAUGAUGGGCAAUGGAUAGAAUAGACUCUGGCUCUAAUGAAAGAUUGUAAUAUUUGAGAAAUUCUGGGAAAUAUAGAUUUUAUAUCUUUUUUUAAGUUAAUCAUUUAUGGCAUUGAAUCCUUAUAACAUUUGUUUAAACCUGUGUGUGGCAGAGGGAGCUGGAGAUCCUUCUUACAUGAUCUUUUAAUCUCAACUACAUUGCAUAUACCAGGGGUGCCCAAAAGGUAGAUUCCCAAAUGUUUUAGAACUACAACUCCUAUGAUGCUUUGCAUGCCACUUUAGAAUAGCAAAGCAUUAUGGAAGUUGUAGUUUUCAAACAUCUGGGAUCUACCUUUUGGGUACCCCUGUCAUAUACUGUAGCUCCUUUGAUAUUCCUUUGCCGAACACAUCUCACGCUUACUGGAGAUAUGUGUGUAUGUGUGUAUAUGUGUAUAUAUAUAUAUAUAUAUAUAUAUAUAUAUAUAUAUAUAUAUAUAUAUGUAUGUAUGUAUGUGUGUUAGUCGAUCUGUUAAAAGAUAAGUACCAUAACUCUUUUUAAACUCAAAGGUAUGAAAGCCUGGCUAUGCCAGGGCAGUCCUGGCACUGUAACUCAACCAUAAGCUUGCUAAAAGCUGUUUACCUGAAAUGGCAAUAUUUUACAUUGUCAGAAUGCAGAGCGACCACACGAUGAGGUGAUUUUUGGUGGUUGAUUCUUAUUCAUGGAAAAUAGGAAUAAGUGUUCACAUGUGCAUGAAAGGCAUCAGGUUCAUUUUCUAGCACUUUCAUAUUUUUCCCUUAUGACUAAAAACAGCGACCAGAAAGUGCACACAAUUGUGUUCUGGUAAACUCUUUUCUAAUGUGUUUUUUUUAUACUUGCAGGAUGGUAGUAAGGUGUGACAUCUUAAAACAUUUAAGGUGCCUGUUACAAAAUAGCUACAUGGUGCAAAAAAAGAAAAAUAAUUCUAGCUUUUCUGAAAGCUGAGAGGAGGUAGGGAUCAGUGCACAGCAGACCUGGAUAAGUCAAACUGUUACUAAAUUGUUUGAUUACUUACAUUGGAGUAUGCCAGGGCCCUAGUGUUUCUGACACUCCUGGCACCAUAACUGUCGUAUUUUUGUACUUGAUAUCACAAUCUGGUGCCCAAUGACCUUCUAUUACAAAGCAAAACAAAUUACUUUCUGUACAAUGUCUGGCCCAAUUUAUUUGUGGCACAUAAACUAAAUGGCACUCGACAAGGUGUUUGAAAUGAUUGUCAAUGAAAACUCACACCUUGGAGUGGUGGGGGGUCAUCCAUCCAUCCCUCCUUAGGAACAUCAUAUAAAGGCACAAAUCAAUGGUGACUAAAAACCUCAAAAAUAAAAUAUAGUGGUAUCAGCUUCUUCAGUAAAAUUAAUCAUAACCUGUAUCCACAUAGGGAACACUAAGUGUUGGUGCCUAUGGUGAUACAUGUUAUGAUUAAUUCUACUGAAGAAGCUAGUACCACUAUAUUUUAUUAACAAGAGGGACAAGAAUAACCAUCUGUAGAGAUGCUAUAUUAAAAUGUAUUAUCUAGCUUAUCUAACAAUGGUGGGGCUACAAACACAAAAUAAGAAGGAAUUCCAGUCUCACAUUGUUGGGAGAUCAUAUGAAGGCAAACAUCAAUGGUGACUCCAACAGUCUAUGACUGUUAUAUAUAGGGAACACUAGGUGUUGGUGCCUAUAUAUCUCUAUCUAUAUCUAUCAGUCAUAGACUGUUGGAGUCACCAUUGAUGUUUGCCUUUGGGGGAGAAAACUUGAGUAAAAUUACCUUUUCAGUGCAGUCUAAACGAUUAGUGUAACCUUAUAGGUUUAGGAAUACAUGUUUCUACUCCUGAAACCCAAGUAUUCCUGUGUGUGUACACACAAUUAUAAAAGAAAGUGUGAGUGGCUCAUGAUGUAUGUGUAAAGGGGUACUCCAAUUGGACUUAAUAAAUCCUCCCUUCACCAGUGACCACUCUCCUUUUAAAAUAUUCUCUCCCUCCAACAGUGCAAGCCCUCUACAUCUUUUGUUUCCUCUGUGUGAUUUAAUUUUCCCUCCCCUUGUCAAACGCCCACCCAAUCCACCAUCGCCCCCCUCUCUUCUCUGACGAAUUAAUUUCAGUGAUUCUAUGUUUGUUGUUUAAUAAUCUUUUAUUUGCCAGUGGUAGGUGAAAAUUUGAGCCCGACUUUACAAUUUAAAGGCUGGAUUCCACAUCCCUGCACAAAUGUCGCAUCAAUUUGUCGUUUUUAUUUAUUUAUUCUUUGUCUCUCACUUGACUGUUAAUAGAUAUUUGAAUCCAAACAUUAGUUAUUGCUGUCAAUUAUUUUUAUGGUGUUUGGUCUAUGGAUUAAAAUAUAGAAUGUCCAUGCAUGCUUCCAUUGCUGUAGAACACACACAUGCAUACUUUCACAAGAAAAACAAGCCAUGUAAUUUAAUCCAGGAGAUCCCAAUCAUAAAGGCACAAUAAGUCCAUGUUUUCUAAGUAUCCCCAGUUUAAUGUGUGAAUUCUGGGAUCAUUGGUGUGUCCUGAAGAUUGAGCUGGUUAUCACUUUACUCAUUGAUGCACAUUGUUGGCAUGGGAGAUACUCUGGAAGGUCUUUGGCAGUGAAUUACACUAAAAACAAAUUGGGGUUUUCAACACCACCACACUCCCAAGCAUUUUAUAGUUACUAAAAGUUUUAAAUUUUUUUCAUAAUUUUUAGGAAGAUGAUGAAUGGAAAGAUUUUGAGCAGAAAGAAGUGGACUAUACCGGUCUUAGGAUUCAGUCGUUACAAAUAAGGUAACUGAUCUACAUUUAAAUGUUUGUUUUUGGUUUUUCUCUGUCGCAACUGAUGUGUAGCAUUGUCAACUGUGUUUUUAAGCAGUACUCUUGAACGUGUUCACAUAGUGACUAUGGAAAAGUUUUGACCAGUCAAGUUUGUAGUCCCUCAGUCUUGUUCCAAAAUAGUGUGUGCCAGAUCUGCAGCGUUUCUGUUUAGUUUGCCUGCAGUUGUGUAACAUAAGGGAACACAGUUUGUGGGCUACAAGCAGUAAUGAGACUCUUGGGGGUGGAGUCGCGUUGAGGUUCACCUGAAUCUCAAUUUAAAUUGCUCACAAUUGUGCUAUAUUUACAUAUAUGCCAAAUAAUAGUUUAAUGUAUAUACUUUGGUUGAAAAUGUUUUUUUGUUUUUUUUAAAACCCAUUACCCACAUUAGGCACUGGAAGUGCACUCCAGCACCCACUUUCAUGUAUAAAUACUUUAGUUUGUUCUGCUCCUUUUGACUUUUGCCUACAUUGUGUCCUACUCUUCUUAUAACAUGACUACGUAUGUGGCUUCUAAACGCUUUAAAGAGAUUCUCAUCACACCUCGCUCCUGUAGUGGGAAUAUGCAGUGGAGACAUAGAUCUGAGGCUCCCUUGGUGGAUCUGAGAGCACAGCCCACCACAUCCUACUGCUGUAGAUGAGCUCUGUUGUAUGUAUUUACCUGCGGCGCUUCUGUAUAGGUCGUCUGUGGGACAUACAUAUGGGAACCCAGUUUAUGUGGGCUACGAGCAUUAGUGAGACCCUUGGGGGCGGAGUCUCCAUGAGGGUUACCGGAUCCUUCAUGUAAAUGGCUCAGUACAAGAGCAACAAAAUCCUGGAUGGCGAAUUUUUACAGCGAAUCUCCCUCGCUUGGACUCACUCUUCCAGAGUUUGGCCAUGUUGGGUACAUUUCUAGGUUUUCUAUUGAUUGUUAAAUAGCUGGGCCUGAAUGCUGUAGAAUACUCACGUUUUGGUCGUGGGAGUAAUCCAUGGAUUUACUAUCCCACUGUUACAGACUCGCACAAUUUCACAAACAAUUAACCUGUCUGUCCACCUUUCCUCCAUUCUUAAAACUCACUCCCAAUCUUGCCCCAUGUUGUAGCAAAGUAUAUAUUUUUAUUUCCCAUUCUGUCUUUCUUCUCUUUUCCUCUUUCUUAAUUGUCCUUUUGAAGUACUAAUUAGUCAAUGAUUGCCCCUUCACAGAAGUCCCUUAGGCUAUGUCAAAUGUACUAUAGCAAACCACUUUUGAAGUACUUGGUGCACCUAACCCUAAACAAAGCUAAUUUACAGCCUCAACACCACUACACAUUAAAGCCUUUAGGGCUGGGUCUCUAAAAGUAAGGGGGGGUGACAUUAAUGUCCCCUUGGGCCAGUCAGUAGAUGCCGUUGGGGGUGGAGAGUGUCUACAGUUCCACAUAGAUGACUGAACACCAUCAGCUGAUAUUUGUGAUGUCUAGGCAUAGGCAUGGUGAACGUCUUGCAAGCACUGCACCUGGAGAACUGGGAUUAUUUAAAAUUUUCCCUAUGGUACACAAUUCCUGUGGCCUCAUUGACUACAUCGUUUUAGCACCGGAAUAGCUCCCUAAACUCACCUCAGCUACGGUAAAGUCUUCCACCUGGUAGGAUCACUCACAAAAUCUGUAUGGAUCCAGUCCUGUGUCUCCCAUCCCCUCUAAGCUGACUGAAAAAUACCAAAAAAUGAAUUACUCUUUCCCCUUGGAAUAUGAGCUAGUGAUAGACACAAACAAUGCUGACAUGUCAUUCUUGUAGACUAGGGACCCCUAGUCACCUUGAUUGGGGGGGUGAAUUUUUAUUUAGGGCCCCCACCCACCGCUCAGGUCCGCCCCCCUAUUGUUUUUUUAGGGCCCCCACCCACCGCUCGGGGGGGGAGGACAGUAGGUGUCCCGGCCCCCACCCACUGCUCGGGGGGGACAGUAAGUUUUCCCCCCCUCCACCAUUCCUAUAUAGGGCCCCCACCCACUGCUCAGGGGAGAGGUAGGUCCCCCUCCUUAUUGUUUUUAGGGCCCCCACCCACUGCUCAGGGGAGAGGUAGGUCCCCCUCCUUAUUGUUUUUAGGGCCCCUCCCACCGCUCGGGGGAGGACAGUAGGUUCCCCCCUUAUUGUUUAUUAGCGCCGCCACCCACCGAUCUGGGGACAGGUUCCCUUAUUGUUAUUUAGUAUUUUUUUUUUUUUUUAAACAGUGAGGAGCCACAGGCUGCUCACUGUUUAGUGGACAUGCCCCUACUCGCGGUAUAGCGAGUAGGGGCAUUGGGGAGAUUUUAAUCUCCCUUAUGCUAUUAUGGGGGUCAUAUUGACCACCAUAGAGUGAGGGGGGACCUGGGGGCUUAUGAAGUGGCGGGGAGCACUGCUCCCUGACGCUUCUAUCUUUACAUAUUACAAGGAGGGAGCUGUGUGCCGGUAGCUCCCUCGUUGUAAUAAACUAAACGAACACUGAUAUUCAGUGUUUUUCUUCAUCUGACAUUUCUAUUCAUUCAUUAGUCUUUCUGACGAAUUAAUGAAUAGAUGAAAUUCCAGUUCGCAUGUCCAAGUGUUUAACUGGGCAUGUGCGGGAAUCUCAGUCUAUCUAGUGUGGGCAGAUGACGUGUCCCACAGGGACUUCAUCUACCCACAUAAAGAUGGCGGCGCCCUGAAUAUAGAUCGGAACAGAACAUAAAGAUUAAAAAAAAUAGGUAAUAUGGGGAGCUUACAGGCAUUUGGGGGUGACUAGGGGGUCAAUUAGAGAUAGUGGAGGCGGGAGGGGGGUUUAAAAAAAAAAAAGUGAUUCGGCCAUGACAGUGCCGCUUUAAAGACAUUUCAUAUCUGUCAUCAUUCGUUGUCCACUUCCUUUUGCAUUGAUUAUGCUUCUAGUAGGCUGUGAGCAGAGUCCUUGUUCUUGGUUAAAGUUUCCAAUGUCUUAAUCAAAGCCAGGGUUUCCUGCGAUGUGCUGUGCAGCUUUUGAUCUGUUUCUUGGUCAUAUGGAUAUUAUAUGGCUACUGCUACGCAAAUGUAGUAGAUGAAAAAGUAAUGAAUUCCUUUGAAUUGUUGUGCUAUGUACAUAAAAUGAUUAUCUAGGCACCAGAAUCACAUCUUAACAGUAAUGCCACUGCAGAUUGCUUAUGAAAAGUGCUGUUACUGAGAAAUGGCACUUUACAUUUUUCAAUUUUCACACUUGCUAAUGGUUGUCUGACUGCUGCUACAGGACUCAAGUAAUUUAAAUCAACUGAAUCUUUUUGACCUCUACUAUAAAGUAAGCUGAUUCUAAAAGCAGUAUGAAUUCAAUGCUUCUCUUUGAAAAGGCUAUUGGACACAGCGUUCUGGUGCUAUCCUAUAGAAUGCUCGUUUGAGCAGGGUCCUCUUCAACCUAUCGUUCCUGUUUUUUUUGUUUUGUUUUUAUUGUCCUAUUUAUAGUUAAAUACCCCCUCUCAUAUUGUAAAGCGCUAUAUAAAUGGUGGUAAUAAUAAUUUAAGGUUAGAUAUGCCAUGCCUUGCAGGAAGCAGCAGUUUGAUUUAUCAUGGCUGGGGCUAUAUUGCCAAAUUUGCUCUUACAGAAGUUUAUGCUUUUACAGUUAGGCGACUCUAAGGGAGUAUUGCUUGCUGCCCUUUAAAGGGACACUUGUCAUCCUGACCGUUUCAUCUCAUUGAAUCCUGACUCUUUCACCUCAUUGAAGUGGUCUGGGUGCAGAGUUCCUGUCCAAUUACUCCUGCAAUGUAAACAUUGCCGUUUUUUGAGAAACUGAAAGGCCGCUUCUGGGAUUCUAGCAGACUGAGUCCCUUAAACAACGCUGGACAUACAGCAUCAUAGGAAAUCCCCAUAGGAAAGUAUUGAUGCUCACUCUGUCAGAUGAAUAGGGUAAAUAGAGGUUUUUUUAACCCUUUAUGUGCUGCAAGGGGAGCCUGGGAAGGAGGGGUGAACCAAAGGGUACUAUAGUUUUAUCAAUGCAGAUUUGAAUUGUAACCUAUAGAAUCCCUUUAGGGCUUCUAAGCAGCAUGUUGAACUCCCUACCCAAUUGCAUACAUUGCUUACACACUCUUAUCUGUUUCUUUGCUACAUUGUAUUAUUGUGUUUUAAGAGGUCUCUAGGAGUCAGGACUUUUGUAUAGUAAUGAGGACUGAGUUUGACCAGGUAAUUAACAUUUGUUUUUGUUUUUUAAAUACAUUUUUAAAGCAAUGAAAAAGAUGAUGAUGACUAUGAGAAAAAGGAAGAGCAAGGUGCUGACUGGGAAGACAAUGUAGGUUACGGCUCAGAAAAGACAUCAGGUCCUUGGAAUAAGUCUGCUUCUGCCCAAGCACCUGUAAAUGUUGGUAAGAUAAUGGGCUUUUCUUUUUAAAUUGUUUUCUAAAUACAGUCAAAUAUUGAUGUAUUUUCCUUUUUCAAUAUACAGUAAAACGUGUAUUGUUUAAUUUUUAUUCUGGCUUUCUCAUUCUUUAACUAUUACACUUGAAUGCACAAUUUCACUGACUGCUAAAUUCUAUGAUUGACUGUCCAUCCUUCCUUUGGAUCGACUUCCUGCUAUAGGCACAUAUACCAUGCCAUAAAUCGUAACUCAGUGUCAGAUGUGCAUGAUGUUUGUAGGUGUUUGCAUUCUGUGUCAUUUAACGUUAACUCCAAAGGGUUCCAUUAAUAUACCUUUUCACCAUUAAGUUGCAGAAGUUCCAGAGCCUGUACAGUCAAGUGGUGUAUACAGACCUCCAGGAGCCAGAGCCUCGGCUACAACUCGAAAACCACAAGGUCCACCUGAAAUAUUUAGUGAUUCACAAUUUCCAUCGCUACAAUCCACUGCCAAACAUAUAGAAUCCCGCAGGUAAGUACUCUUAUUUCAUUACCUUUAAUACUUAGAACUGUGGUUCUUGUGCUACUCAGUCUACUUUUUUCAAGUGCCCAAGUAAUUGCUCAAAUUUAUUGUGACUGCCUUUCUUACAUGAAGACUCCUUUUAAGAUUACAUUAUAGUUCUGCAUUUUCUGUGGGCUAAAUUUUGUAAUUGUGUGAUAGGUUUAGGUUCACAUUAAGGUCCACAUUGUUCUGCCUUCUAGCUUUAAAAGGGCUCUGCAUGUAUGGAUUUGUGUUUUAUUGCUUUAUAGAAUUAUGCAGUGGCCAUUUCACAAAAGUAUUUAAAUGAACUAUGGAGCAAGUGGCAGUUUAAGCGUUGCUGGAAAAUUUGUUUAGAGAUCAAAGAUGGGGGAUUUAAUGCUUCAAGGAACACUAUAGGAUCAGGAACACAAACUUGUAUCAGCAUCUCCUCGUAGAAAUGCAUUGUCAAUGCAUCUCUAUGAGGAAAGUUCAGUGACUGCACGCAGAGAGUGGAGACACUGAAUGUCCGUACAGCACUGCCCCAGGAAGCUCCUCGAGUGGCCAGUGAAGUUAUCACUAGGCUGUAAUGUAAACACUGCAUUUUCUCUGAGAAAACAGUGUUUACUGCAAAAAGUCUGAAGAGAAUUAUUAUACAUACCAGAACAAAUACAAUAAACUGUAGUUGUUCUGGUGACUAUAGUGUCCUUUUGAAGCAUAAUUAAUUAUUUUAUAAAUUAAUAAACUGAAAUAGGUAAUUUUGCUCUUAAUAGUUUAUGUAUCACUUUCAAAUGCUCGAAUAUUAACCCCUUAAGGACACAACUUAUAAAAUAAAAGGGAAUUGUGACGGAAUAUUUGUCAUGUGUCCUUAAGGGGUUAAGUACAAAUGUUUUCAUCCAGUGUGAUCAUAUUUAUUUUUAUUCCAAUUUCCUCUCACCACCUCCUUCCCCUCCCCCUUCUUGUAUUAGGGAUAAGGAAAUGGAGAAGACAUUUGAAAUAGUAAAGCAUAAAAAUCGUGCAAGAGAAGAGGCUGCAAAGAAUCAAGCUCUACGACUUCAAUUGGACAAUCAGUACGCAGUCCUAGGGGAGCAGUAAAUGUUCAAAAUACAAUAAGUGAGCUUUGAUAACCCACCCACUAAAGUAAACAAACUACAGCUACUGGCUAUGGACACAACAUCAGAACCAUGCGAAUGUCCUCCAGAAUGCACUGGAUGAUGCAAACAAUUGGAUUCUCAAGACUUGCGGAAGAAUUAAAACACAAAUUGCAAACUUUUUAACUAUUUUUGUUUUCUUUGACCUUUUAGCCCCACCUUUGCAUAUGGGAAUAGUCACCUUCGAGGUGCUGAUUACUGAACAUGUAUUCCUGGUGUGUUAUAGCCAUUAUGCUUCAAUCUAAGAACAGAAAAGCAGCAUUCAGUGGUUAUUAAAAUCUUUUAAUGUGGAGCCUUCAAAAUGGCUGACUACCUCAGUUUUGCUAUUGUUAUAGCAGACACCACAUGGAUUGCAGGCGCUUUAUAAAAAGAUGUGGUUGGAUCUGUUUCUAGUGGUUAUGAUGUUGGGGCAAAAAGUGGAUUUCUCUUUUUAUUCUCCAGGUGGAGGAGGAAGGAGGAUGUUUUUUUUACUUUAAGGUUUUUUCUUUUUUCCUCUUUCUACACCUACUGAGACAACUCUUAACACACCGAUUUUUCAAAAUUCUAUUUGUCUCCUUUUGUCAAUGAUUUAAGUGACCUUAAAGGGAUUAUUAGCAGUGGCCCCAUUUAUGCUUGUUCAGUUUUUUUUCCUUUGUUUUUUUGCAUUGGUAAUACACACGUCUCUUUAUAGAAAUUGCCACAAAGCUGUAGUUUGUUGCUUUUUGUAUAGGGUAAAUGUCAAACAGCAAGUUAAUAGACACAGACCGCUCUGCUGAGGGGCAAUUGGGAAGUAGCUAUAUUUGUUUCUCAUAGUUAGACUUUAUUUCUGAAAUAUACUGCGAUCUGAACACUUGCAUUUGUGCGCUAGUUAGUGCCUCAGCGCACUAAUAUCCAGGUCCCUAGAACAAUAUUAUGCAAAAAAAGUUUCCACCACUGGUUUCUAGACCUUAAUGGGACUUUACUAAAAAUUGACUCCCAUUUAAAUCAGAUCUUGGUGUAUUUUUAUUUCCCCCCCUCCCAUCUAUACUUUGGGUUAGCCAUAUGGAUAGCGAAUGUUUAUAUGUAGAGGGUUUUUUUUUUUUUUUUUUUUUUACUGUGGCCACUCCAAAGUAGUGGUUAAGGUGCGCCAGUCUUGUCAUAGAUGGUAAGCGGUCCUUCAUACAAUACAUCAUGGGACAAUAGGCACAAUUGUCAGUACAACCAAUACUAAUGUAAGUGGCCAAGAUAAAAAAAAAAAAUCUACCUCUAUCAUAGAACUGCUAGUUGUCUGGUAGGCACACUAUAGAAAUUAACAGCUCAUUUAAACAGGACACAAACAAUUCAUAUGAUAGAGUAAGAAAAGAUGCAGUGUAUGUUGUGUGAAGACUGAUUUACAAUACCACAUUCUUUGUGCUUGAAAUUUCAGUUUUCUUAAAGGAACACUCUUCCUAACUGCUUCUUCUCAUUAAAACAGUUUCUGGAGUCCACCAAUGUUCGUGUUUGUUUUUUUUACAUUAAACAGUUUAAUGUUUUAAUGCUCAAUGGGAGUCCUUAGGAGCCCAUCCUCUUUGUACUAAUUGGACUAAUGAGGAAGCAGUAGCCAAAGCAGCAGUGGGUACCUGUCAGCUGACUGCUUUUAGACUAUUACAGUGCCAAUUGCUGGUAUGGAUUGAGAUGUGUGUAAUAUCUGCCUUAGCCAUAAUUCCAGUAGGGGCUGGCCUGAUGGUGGUCAGUGUUAAACUGCUCUGAAAAUAGCUUAACAGUAAACGGAGGGAUAGCGCCAAUGACCCCAGCUAUUAUAGCCAAUUCAAUGAGUUGAAAUUGUUCUAGUGCCUUCAGUGUUCCUUUAAACGGGGACUGUAGCCACUUUAACAAUUUCAUCUUAUUGAAUUGGUUAUGGUACCUGGAAUUUACCAAUGCGUUCCCUCCGUUAUUUGUGAAACCAUUUUCAAACUUAACACUGAAUGAGGGUCCCUGGCCACCCAUAGCAAAUGUCCCCACUGUAGGUGUGGCUAAGGCAGAGAUUACACACUUCAUUUCAGUCAUUGAAAAUUAUACCAGCAAUGAAUGGCUGUGACUUGCUGAGUGUCGUCUACCUUUGCAUCCAUUGCUGCUCAGGCUAAUGCUUAAUUAGUAAAAUCAGCACAGAUGGGAUGGGUUGCUGGAGCCUCUUGUUUAGCACUAAAACUUUAAAAAACACUUACUGUUAAAUGAAAGGAUAGCAUCAGGGACUCCAGACACAAACUACUGCAAUGGGAGUAAGCAGUUAUGGUGCCAAUUUAAGAUGCAGCCUCCACACCAAGUGCCAUGCUUCAAGAGCUUUGUGAUUUAAUGAGCAGUUACAUUUAGCAAUGGAGAUUUUCUUUGUGAAAUAUAGGUUUGCUUUUAAGCUUACCUGUAACCUGUGCUGCAACAGGCAAUGCUUGGCAAGCAGUAGUGUCUAUGUAAGGAGGGAGUGCAGGACAGUUAAAAUAGUGCUUUGUUGUGCUCAGCACAUUUUUGUCAUCCUUACAAUUGUAUUUCACUCUGAAGGUAGAUUGCAGACUGCAUGUUUUAAGGAUUUCCAGUCCUCUUUAUUGAAACGUGACAAGUCGGCUUUAAGCAGUUACUUAAUAUGGUUGUAUGUGGGAAGGUUGCUAUAUUGGCUUUUUGCAAAGCUGUUUUCUUUUCAUGCCAUGGUAAGGAUAAUGUGUUGUGUUUUUUUUUUUUUUCAAAGCUUUUAACCUCCUACAUCAUUAGCCUUUCUGCUAACACAAUACAUAUAUUAAAUUUUCCUGCUCUCUGGGCCUUCCCAAAUUUCACAUUAGAAAUUUUGUUUGCACUGUAUCCUGGUCAUGUGUGAACAUGCCCAAAAUCUUUCUGCACUGCCCUAUGGGGAAAAAAGGGAUUUGCUGCGUGCCACAUCUGAGAAAGUGAAAGUUUUGCGCAUGGCCUGUAAUGCAGAACUGAGCCACUGAGUUUUCAGUGUAUGUUUAACAAUUGGCAUGUUAAAUGGUCAGUUUGUUUUUGUUUAACAAUAAGGACUUGAGUCCAUAAUGUAUAACUUCAUAUCCUAUUCUGUGGAGGGUAAUUAAAUUCUACGCCAAAAUCUGUCAUUGCCUCCUCAGGUAGCGAUUAAACGAAUGGUGUUAACUCUUCUUGAUAUCUUCCUUUAAAAAUUGUACGUCAAGAAUACACAAAGAUUUUAAAGACCACUUUAUUGUAACCCGUGCCAAUAUUCUCGCUCAGCAGGGGGCAGCGUUCGUCAAAGUGACCUCGCUGUGAGUGCUUUCUUGCAUAUCUUGAAUUGUAGAAGGUGUAAUUUGGCAUAUUCAAAGAACCUGAAUGUGGUGGGUUUUUUGCCUCCCCAUGUUUGAGCUGAAUGUUGGCUUUUGAACUUUGCAUUAUCCUUGGAGGCACUUUAUCUACAGUGUUCUCUUUAAUGUGAUCACCAUAUGCAUUGAAGAGUUUUAGCACAUCUCCUCAUCUCCACCAUCAUUUUAAUCUAGCACAUCAAGGUACUGCCACAGCGAAAUCUUGCCAACUAAACCAUGAGUCUCAUUGCAGGUAUGUUAUUAAAAAUGGAAACUGAAAUUAUUUAUGUGGAAUGUUUGGUAGAAUGUAGAAGUUUAACUAUCUCAUGGCAUACUUUAAGCAUAUGAAGACCAGUAAGAUUUCAUAUUUUAAAUCCUUCCCCAGGACUUUUUUUUUUUUUUUUUUUUGUGGGAAAAUGUAUCUAGGUUUUAUAUCAUGCUGUUGCAAUUGGUAGUUGGACUGUCCUGUAUGGGCUACUCAGGCAUGGACUACGCAGCCGGAAAAUAGAAUCUGUGACUUAACUAAGCCGAAUUAAAAUUUAACUCUGUCUAUACAUUGUCA